AUGCUAUGGUACUUCGUUGAGAAAAAUAGACACCACGUUAGCCUCUUCAAUGUAGCACUGUGUCUGGCCUACGUCAACGUUCCGCCCCCACGAACAGUCGGCGACAUUUUUGGUUUUUUCUACUUCCUUUGGGAAAGCUAUAAAAGAAACCUGGCCUUUCCUCAUAGUCACACUCUGCAAAAGGCCAUCCACGCUGCAGCUAACACUUAUCCAGGUUAUCACGGUGUGCCAACCAAUGAUGACGGCAGCAAGAUAACAAGAGCCCUCCAGAAUCUAUGCGUCCACGAUAGAUACAGAGAAGGCUCCCACCUAACCUUACAAAGCCUAUUCGUACGUGAACUGUCCCACUGUGAUAGACACCUCUUUCCCCUUUCCUGGUACAGCCAUUCAUGUUUCACUGUGAUUAACGCAGACAAGUAUCUUUCGUGGAUAGUUCAUCUCGCCGAUUCCCUAUAUGAUGGUCUCAAGCAGCUGCAUGAUGAUUUCCUAAAUGUAAAUAGCGCAGAAUCUGAUUGUACGGCGUGUCAAAGUGGGCAGAAAUGUGAAUCCGGUAAACACGGUAAACACGGUAAACCCGAUUACCAAUGCUCUUCUGUUACUAUAGUAACCUGUGCCGGUGUCCUUCCCCUGUUCUACAAGUACGGUUUCACGUAUCGCAGUGCUGCCGGUUUACAUGGUGAGGGCAAAAAGACAAGUGGUCCUUCCGAUUACCAACGCGAUUGCUGCGAAUUUUACAAAGCACUCGGAGAGGUUCGCAACCCUCAAAAUGGGUUGCCUCAAUUCUUUGAACAAUUGUUCCAAGUAAUUAACGAGUUCCUCACAUACAUACGCUACCCCUUCGCAAUAUACCUAUUCGCAUUCUGGCUAGUCAUACUCGCCUAUGUCCUAUACGCAUUGAUCCGACCCCUGGACCUACUCCACAUUCGCUCGCAGUGGCGUCUCGCGUACACGCAUCACCUGCUACCGAUGCAUCUGCUCGCUAAUAAAAUACCCACAUCUAGAACAUUGUACAUUAGACCUUAA